AAGCCCCACCAUCAUGUGUAGUUCGCUACCGACUCACUGGAGAUCAAACAAGUCUCUUCCGGUGGCAUUCAAGGUCAUAGCUCUCGACGAAGUCGCGGACGGAACACAAGUUACCAUCAAGGCUGGCAACGACGAGAACUGCUGUGGCGAACUGAGGAAUUGCACGACGACCAUGAAGAACCAGGUCGCCAAGUUCAACGAUCUCAGAUUCGUCGGUCGCAGCGGGAGAGGAAAAUCAUUUUCUCUAACGAUCCAGAUCAACACAAUGCCGUACCAAGUGGCCUC